AUGACCCAGGCGCUCAGCGCUCAGGACUUCUCUCGCCAACCGUUCACGCUCCUCAGGCCUCAGUACUCACUCCUCUACUCAAAUAUCUGGGCCACCACUCAAGUAACACGCGCGGACCGAGCAAGCGAGAAGGACGAUGGAAAGCAAGAUGAGUAUAGUGCACCGCGAGAGGGCAUGGUCCAUUGUCUUCGUCCUUACUCUUCUGCUAGUUUGCCCGCUUGUGCUAGCUCGCCCACUCAUUCGCCUGCUCACCUGCCCUCCCUCACCGAUUCGUCUCCUCGUCCACUUUCCGUCUUGUCCACUUGUCGACUCACCUUCUCGCCUACUCACCCUCGCCGAGGGGCUCGUGGGCAAGACCUCGCCUCACGCCAGGAUCGCUCACGCACACCACAGCCCUCGCGCAUUCACCCGCGCCCGCUGCAAUCCACGGACCUCAGUCACUCGGCGACCACCCGUCGUGCACCAGGUCCCAUUGUCAUCGACUUGGUGUCGUCGGACAGCGAAGACGAUGAAGCGCAUAGUAACGCGGCGCCCAUUUUGAGCACGCCGCGUACCCUCGCAAAACGCGCCGCUCUGGCAGAGACGAGUGUCCGUCGUACCAGCAAACAGCACAAGAAGGACGAGGAGGACGGUGGGCCGAGCAACUCUCCGGGCGGCUCCUUGGCGCUCAUCCUCGGUAUCGUCCAAUUCUUCAUCUCGGUCGUCGCGACGCUCCUCUUCGCCAUUCUGCCUUCGGGACGGAUGUUUGGUGAUCGCGUGGCGGGCAAGUCUCGGAAGUACCUCGCGAGCCAGACGUUCACAGCGAGUUAUCUGGGCCUCUCCCACUCCGCCCGGCUCACGUCUAUCCUCGUCUGGGUGCUGAUCUUCGGCCUCAAGUACACGGAGUCAUAUUUCUUCCUCACGCUCUCGUUCAAAACCACGAUCCAGGUCACGGUCGGGAUGAAGAUCCAGAACUGCAAUGACAGUAUCGUGCGCUCGUUCGCGCUCGGGUUGUCGAUUUGGAUGCCGUGGAAGGACAUCUUCACACGGCUGCCGAAGCGGAUUUACGCCAAGCUACUUGCUACGGCGGACAUGGAGACGAAGUACAAACCCAAGAUGCUCGUCUCGCAGAUCUGGAACGCAAUCAUCAUUUCGAUGUACCGCGAGCACCUGCUCUCGAUCGACCACGUGCAAAAGCUGCUCUACCACCAGGUCGACGUCGGCAACGACGGUCGUCGCAGUCUCCGGGUCCCGCCUUUCUUCAUCUCGCAGAGCGACAAGGGCCUGAAGGGCAAGUUCUUCACUCCCGGCAGCGAGGCAGAGCGUCGCAUUUCGUUCUUCGCGCAGUCGCUGACGACCGCGGUCCCGGAGCCUAUCCCUGUCGAUGUGAUGCCGACGUUCACGGUCUUGACACCUCACUAUAGCGAGAAGAUCCUUCUCUUGUUGCGUGAGAUCAUCAGGGAAGAGGAUCAGAACACUCGAGUCACGCUACUUGAGUACCUCAAGCAGCUGCACCCGGUCGAGUGGGACAACUUCGUGAAGGAUACCAAGAUCCUCGCCGAGGAGUCAGCAAUUUACAACGGCACGAGCCCCUUCGGCACCGACGAGAAGGGACGUGAUCUCGGUUUCGGCACCAUCCUCAACUUCCAGACAAAGAGCGGCAUGGGUAUGGGCGAGCAGAUGCUCAGCCCAGAGUACUACUACCUCGGAACGCAGCUGCCCAUCGACCGUUUCCUGAUGUUCUACUACGGUCAUCCCGGUUUCCAUAUCCAUAACAUGCUGGUUAUGUUGUCCGUGCAGAUCUUCAUCACGACGAUGGUCUACCUCGGAACGCUCAAGGGUCAACUGACGCUUUGCAAAUACACAUCGUCCGGCGCGUUCAUCGGCGUGGCGGGCUGCUACAACCGCAGCCCGGUGUUCCAGUGGAUUAAUAGGUGUAUCAUCUGUAUCUUCCUGGUGUUCCUGAUCGCAUACUUGCCUCUGUUCUUACAAGAUAGACUAUGA